CUAAACUACUUCCGUCCGCAUUAGAAACAAACAAAAUUGCAAUAGAUUUCAAUAAAUAUCGUACCUGCUGGACACAUUUUUCGGGUCCGAUGAAGCGGAAUGAAAAAGGACAUUCCCAGUGGUUUAAUGUCAAUGGCCAGAUUAGAAAUGUCUAGAAAGAGUCAGCACAAUGUCCAAGUGGAUGUACCACCCAUGUCAUAAACUGAGUGUGCCAUCCGCAAAACUCUUCUGGUGUCGGCAUUGCAUGCAGAUGUUUGAAGAUGCUAUAUCCAGAUGGAAACACAGCAGAGUCUGUCAUGCAAUAAGGGGUUAUAAAAGGAAAAACACUAACUCCAAGGUUGUUCAGAUGUACAUUAAGCCUGACACGGUUUCAUAUUCAAGUAACGUUCAACCGGGACAAAGUGUGUACCAUAAACCACAAGUGAAAAAAUCCUCUGCUGAACUAAAGUGUUUGAUAUGUGACACAAAAUUUAACAGUCUAAAUGAUAUGAGAAAUCAUGUGAAAAACCCAUGUCAGAAAUUAGAUAUAAUAGGCAUAACACAGACAAUUAACAGGGAAGAGGUCAGUGACUUUGGUAUUAUUCAGAUUGACAGGGUAGAGGGUGAGGAGGCGGACCCAACGCUGUCCAACACCGCACUGUCUGUGCUGGCCGAGGCUUCAGAGCACGUAGAGUCGCUGGCACGUGGCGGACAGGAGCAGGUGAUCGAGGAGACGCCAGAGGCAGGGGAACUGAUCACUGAGUGCACUGGGGACAGUUUCACUGUACAGCCCAUAGACAAGCAGGGGAAAACUGACUGUGACAAUCUUGCAAGAUUCUACCUUGGGACACUGGUGUUGUCACUCCAGGGGGACCCAUUUGUUGAGACAGAGAAAUUCUUCACACCAGAUAUUGUACAAGCUUGUUUACAAGAAACAGCUUCUAAGUUUCCAAAAGGUCAGACUUUGGAAGUAAAACUCUGCUGCCUCUCUGAGGUUGUGAAGACAUACAUUGUUCUGGAACAGGGGAAGAUAACCGAGAUCAAGGUUGAUAGCCUCCCUGCAGUCGAGCACCCUGGUGAAACCAUCCAUCCUGCAAGCAGCAGUCUAGUGGGGGACACGAACACAAACACUGAGAGUUACAUAAUCCAGACAGACAAUAAUUAUUGUCUGCAAGCAACACAGCUUGAAUCUAUUCACACUGACAGCAGCUGUGUCCAGUCUGUUAACUCCUCUGUGAGCAAUAGCAAGCCAAGUGGGUCCAAGUUGGAACAGGUUCUGACCGUUCCCCUGGACACUGUACACUUGCUGGAACCUGCAAAACAAGCUCAAACUGUUGUUGUGCCCUUUGUUCCAGAACUGUCUGAGGUUGCUAUUCCCUGUGAAAGGGAUCCCAUCAACAGGAGUGUAAUAUUGGAGACUGGGGCAUACACUGGUUCACACACUCACUCUGGGAACUAUACUGUUGUGAUACCUGAUAACAUCCUUGUGCAGAACAGUUAAGAUAAAAGAAAAACAUUGAAAAUUUAAGAAUUAACAAAACAGCAAAAACACCUCGAAGAAAUUGGCACAUGUUAAACAUAGUUUAUCACUCAUUCCAACUGCAUGGCAUCUUCUUCCCAUUGAUUGGUAGGUUGGAGCGUGAAUGGUUUUAAUUAUUGAUUGUUUAUACACAAUAUGUUUUCCACUCAGUUUUAUCAUUUUUUCCUACCAAUUUUUUCUUGGUAAUAGAGUACACAUUCUAUGUAUUUUCAAAGUUAUGUACCGGUAGAAUAUGAAAAAAUAUAAUGGUAGAACUAUUGAGAUAUUUUGAACAAACUUUGAUAUGCAUGUGUAUAAACAUAAUGGUAAAGGCUUUUCAGCUCAUCUUGUGUCUUUGGGUGAGCUUUAAGGAUUUUUGUGUAUUGUUUGCUCAUCUAUCGUCCACAUCAAUAUUGCUUUACACAAAACAGCCUAAUCCAUUUAGCCAAUUUCAAUUAAAUUUCAAAGGAACGAUCAUUGGGUGGUCAUAUGACUACCGUGCGAUACUGUGUAUAGGACGCUAGCUAAGAUAAGACGCACGCAAAAAAAUACAUG